AUGAUGAGUCGACGCGAGUCAAGCUCGUCCUGUACUAGCAAUAGCGAUGGCAAUUCUGAAGAUUUAGACGACCGCAAGGUGUUUGGCUUUCUCGACGACAAUCAUUGGAAUUCAGCCAAUCGAAGUGAAAAUCUUUGUCUGGAAUUAUCUCCAAACAUUACUGCUUUGGGCCGACAAUUUGAUGUUAAGAAAACCAAGUCCCAAUUUAUUGAUUUUGUUGCGAAUGAGAGUCUUGAGAAGAAACCACAAAAACGGUCGUUGAGCAAUUUGUCACAUGGCUCGCUGCCACUGGAACAAGUGACCAAUAAUUCUUCUGCCCGCCUGGGGACUGAAUUGGUGUCAUUGACUCAUGAUAACGCUGAUAUUUGUCGAACUGAUGACACAAAUAGGUCAGAAGCUCAAAUCACAAAUGAAGUGAACGGCUUCAAUGGAAGUCAUACAAAAACUCACGACGAAACCGCGCUAGCUGAGGCAUUGACAUCAUUGAAGGCUCAAGUAAAGCAGCUGACGUGUGAAAAAACCCAUUUAGAAGUGAAAGCAAUCACAGCGGGGUCGACAAUUGUAAAUCUGGAGCAAAAAUUAACCGCAUCAGAACAGUCCAACAUUCUACUUAAUCGCCAGCUCAUUAAUACGAAAGAAAGCUUUCAAGCAAAGCUUAUUGCUCGUGAAGAAGAGAUGGCAGUCGAGAAAUUACAACAUGCGAAAGAAAAGGAGACGCAACUCCAGCACCAACAAGCUCGUUUUGCUACUCAAGCCGAGAUUUGGAAACGGGAAAUUGCGGCCUUAACAAAGGUAACAUUGGAUUUAAAAAGUGAAAAUCACCGUUUGCAAACACAUUUGAAGGACGAAGUGCGCCAGCGAAAUUUUAUUGAUGCAAACCUCCGCACACUUACAGCAGAGCAUGCAAGCACAUGCGAAGAAUUGCGGAAAGAAAAAGAGCGACACAAGAUUGAAAUGCAGGAGCUCCGGUCGAGUAUGGAGAUUGAUUCUCAAAAGCAUGCGCUGUCUCGCCAACUGCUUAGAGAACAAUUGCAUAAUCUGCUGCUUGAGAAAGAGGAUCAUCUGUCUCAAUCGACACAUAGAUUUCGGAUAGUUUGCUCCAAGAAUAGAAAGGGGGCUUUAACAUUUUCUCAGUCGAUUCAGAAGAUUCGUGGCUUGCACAAUUUGUUUCGCUUGUCUCUUCUCGAAACACGAGAAGUUUUGAAAUUGGAGGCACAGAAAACGGAAGACGUGCUAAAAAGAAUUCAAGAACAGGCUAGCGACUUUGUAAUUUUCCGAAGUGAUCGAGAUUUAACAUUAGUACCUCAAAAAAAGCAGUCAUCCCGACAAGAGCUUCAGAUCAAAGAUUAUUGGCAAACCAUCAGUCGAUUAAAAGAGACAUUGGCAAAGUCGGAACGGGUGUUCGACAAGAAGCACGAAGCCCUUAAAGCAAAAUAUCGAGAACAAAACGACUAUUUGAAAGUUACGUUAGCUGUGCGCCAAGGACUCACUACCGACCUUCAUACUAAAAGGAAACAGGUCACAGAUUUAGAGGGUGAAGUAGCUCGACUCCGACUUGCCAACAGUAAGACUAACGUCAAGUUGAAGCAUUCACAAGAGCAAAUUCUUGCGCUGCAAAGAACUUACGCCCGUGAUAUUGAGAAGCUGGUCAAGGGAUCAUCAAUCAGCAGGAAGAUCGAUCACGUGCCGUCGCCUCCGGAAUACUCUCAGGAGGCAACUAGUGAAAGUAGAGGAUUAGUGCAAGAUGACGUGGAAAAAUAUGAUUGGCAAGAAUUCGUCGAACUCGUAGCUGCGUACGAAGCUGAGCGCCAAUUGCAUGCAGGUUGUGACGCGACAGUUACAAUGUAA